AUGAUACUUCACCACAAGAUAAAAAAUGUGCAAUUAUCUUCUACGCUUUUUGUUUCUGAGUAUCCUGUAGAAGAGCCUUCUAUGAUACUCAUUUCUGGGCAGCCAGGAAACUUUACAUUCUCACAAACUUUUGAUAUUUCUUGGGAGGAAUGUAUAUUGAAAUGUUUAGCAGAUGCUAUGUGUGCACGGAAGCAUCUGCACUUUGUAAAGCACAUUUGUAAAGCACAUAAUGGUACACUGACUGGUCCAGCGAACUCUGAUGAGUAUGAUUACAUGCAAGAUAUAUCCAACUCCUCCAAGUACACCUCUAACCCCGACUCAUACAACUAUUUGACCUAUUGGAUAGACGGUAUGAGUACCGACACUGAAUUCCUAUUCGAAGACCUUACUCACAAUGGAAGUACUAAUUAUCCGUGGUCUGGAGGCACACCACAAAAGUGA